AUGUCCAGCACUAGCACCAAAACGUUGCCCACUAUUAUAAUCGAUACAGAUGUCAACGCUAAUAAUAAUCCUCUCUCUUGUCCGAUAAUUCCAAGCCAACCAUUAAACAGCCCUAAAUUUGAAUCAACGAGAAAGAAAAAAAGAAGCCGAAUCACUGCAAGGCUAUCACGUUUAAAAUCAAAGGGUAAUUCGAGUAGUGGCUCAAGUACAGACGAGCAAGAACCUACACCACCCGUGAAUCAAAAUGUUCCAAUCAUAAACAGACUAUCACGAAAAAUUCCAACCUCUGUAAAAUCAACUGCGUCGACACGACGCAUUUUUCGUAAGCAACGAAAACACAAAUCUAAAAAUAAAUUGCGUAACAUCAUGAAGUUUAAUUCUCAAAAUAAACUUGACGUGCUGCCACCCUUUCCGGUAGACCAAGCAAGUAUCCCAACUUCACCGGCGGAUAGACUUUCAAUACAAAUGAACCUUGAAGCUGUACCCAAAUAUCAUGAUUAUCAACAUAUAUUUUUAUUUAAAAAUAUAGCGUGCAAGGAUGAGUCUACCCAGUUUUUACUUUUCCAAAUCUCUAAUUACGUACUGUAUUAUAGCUGCGUUGAUAAGAUAGAAGAUCGGGAAUGGUGUAUCGAAUUCUUUAAAGCUCCUACAAAUGAAUUGUCAAACAAUGAAAGCUUGGAGCCUGACGACAUUGAGAGGGAUCGGUCUGGAUUUUUUGAUGAUAAUAAUAAUCAAAGAAAUAUUAGAAAAGUACAAAAUACUAGAAAGCAUCAAUUAUCAGACAAAUUUCGUAAUAUCGAGUAUAAAGAAAUUGGACCUAUUGAAAAUGUAGUUAUAACGGACAAUAUUAAUCCUGCAUUAAAAAAUGAUAAUGAUCUAGAGAUAAAACUGUUUGAAAUCAAAAUUAAUGAAGAAAGUUUCACUUUGGGUGCUGCUCUCAUUGAAGAUAAAUCGCGGUUCAUAAACAGUAUAAGAUUUUUUGCAACAGAAAAAAAAAGACCAAUUAGAGAUUUACUGAAAUAUGGUGUUAAAGGACAGGUUGCGAAUACUUUUUCUGAUUCCGAAGCUGAAAGUACAGACAGCGAAGAUGAAGAUGAUCUGAGUGAUGUUGCUGAACUCAUCGAAGAACUAUCUGAACGAUGUUCUCAGCACGAAAAAGAAUUUUUUAUUUGGCGUAAUGAAAUCGACCAAAAGGCAAUACUCCUUGAUUCGAAUAUACGUAAGUUCCGCAGUUUAGACGAGCUUGCUAAGGAACUUAAUGAAAAAAUCUCAGUAACCGGCUCCAGGUCAACAAAAGAAAUGGAAGAAACUAUCGAUAUGACAAGCCGAGCUACUGAAAAUAUUGUUGAAAAACUAGCAUCGAUACAUACGCGGAUUCGAGAUAAAAGUGAGAUUUUAAAACAACACCAACAAGCGUAUUAG